UGGCGGCAGCGGGACUCAAUUACCCCCUUUUCUCACUCUCUCCAGAAGCUCCAGAUGGCGUCUUCUGUGGGCAACGUGGCCGACAGCACAGAACCAACGAAACGUAUGCUUUCCUUCCAAGGGUUAGCUGAGUUGGCACAUCGAGAGUAUCAGGCAGGAGAUUUUGAGGCAGCUGAGAGACACUGCAUGCAGCUGUGGAGACAAGAGCCAGACAAUACUGGAGUACUUUUAUUACUUUCAUCUCUACACUUCCAGUGUCGAAGGCUGGACAGAUCUGCCCACUUUAGUACUCUGGCAAUUAAACAGAACCCUCUUCUGGCAGAAGCCUAUUCGAAUUUGGGGAAUGUGUACAAGGAAAGAGGGCAGUUGCAGGAAGCGAUUGAGCAUUACCGGCAUGCAUUGCAUCUCAAACCAGAUUUCAUCGAUGGUUAUAUUAACCUGGCAGCCGCUUUGGUAGCAGCAGGCGACAUGGAAGGGGCAGUACAAGCUUACGUCUCUGCUCUUCAGUGCAAUCCUGAUUUGUACUGUGUUCGCAGUGACCUGGGGAACCUGCUCAAAGCCCUGGGUCUCUUGGAAGGAGCCAAGGCAUGUUAUUUGAAAGCAAUGGAGAUGCAACCGAACUUUGCAGUAGCUUGGAGUAAUCUUGGCUGUGUUUUCAAUGCACAAGGGGAGAUUUGGCUUGCAAUUCAUCACUUUGAAAAGGCUGUCACCCUUGACCCCAAUUUUCUGGAUGCUUAUAUCAAUUUAGGAAAUGUCUUGAAAGAGGCACGGAUUUUUGACAGAGCUGUGGCAGCUUACCUUUGUGCCCUAAGCUUGAGCCCAAAUCAUGCAGUGGUACAUGCCAACCUGGCUUGUGUAUACUAUGAGCAAGGCCUGAUAGAUCUGGCAAUAGACACCUGCAGGCGAGCUAUUGAAUUGCAACCACAUUUCCCUGAUGCUUACUGCAACCUAGCCAACGCUCUGGAAGAGAAGGGCAGUGUUGCCGAAGCAGAAGAGUGUUAUAAUACAGCUCUGCGGCUGUGUCCCACCCAUGCAGACUCUCUGAAUAACCUAGCCAAUAUCAAAGGAGACCAGGGAAACAUUGAAGAGGCAGUUCGCUUGUAUUGUAAAGCAUUAGAAGUCUUCCCAGAGUUUGCUGUUGCCCAUUCAAAUUUAGCAAGUGUAUUGCAGCAGCAGGGAAAACUGCAGGAAGCUCUGAUGCAUUAUAAGGAGGCUGUUCGAAUCAGUCCUACCUUUGCUGAUGCCUAUUGUAACAUGGGAAACACUCUAAAGGAGAUGCAGGAUGUUCAGGGAGCCUUGCAGUGUUAUACUCGUGCCAUUCAGAUUAACCCUGCACUUGCGGAUGCCCACAGCAAUCUGGCUUCCAUCCACAAGUAUUCAGGGAAUAUUCCAGAAGCAAUUGCUUCUUAUCGCACUGCUCUGAAGCUUGAACCUGAUUUUCCUGACGCUUAUUGUGAUUUGGCUCAUUGCCUGCAGAUUGUCUGUGAUUGGACAGACUAUGAUGAGCGAAUGAAGAAGUUGGUCAGCAUUGUGGCUGACCAGCUGGAGAAUAGGUUGCCUUCUGUGCAGCCUCAUCAUAGUAUGCUCUAUCCUCUUUCUCAUGGCUUCAGGAAGGCUAUUGCUGAGAGCCAUGGGAACCUCUGCUUGGAUGAGGUCAGUGUCCUUCAUAAACCACCGUACGAACAUCCAAAAGACUUGAAGCUCAGUGAUGGUCGACUGCGUGUAGGAUACGUGAGUUCUGACUUUGGGAAUCAUCCUACUUCUCAUCUUAUGCAGUCUAUUCCAGGCAUGCACAAUCCUGAUAAAUUUGAGGUAUUCUGUUAUGCCCUGAGCCCAGAUGAUGGCACAAACUUCCGAGCGAAGGUGAUGGCAGAAGCCCAUCAUUUCAUUGAUCUUUCUCAGAUUCCAUGCAAUGGGAAAGCAGCUGAUCGCAUCCAUCAAGAUGGUAUACACAUCCUUGUAAAUAUGAAUGGUUAUACCAGGGGUGCUCGAAAUGAACUCUUUGCUCUCAGGCCAGCUCCUAUUCAGGCAAUGUGGCUGGGCUACCCUGGGACCAGUGGCGUGCUUUUCAUGGAUUAUAUCAUCACUGAUCAGGAAACUUCACCUGCUGAAGUUGCUGAGCAGUAUUCUGAGAAACUGGCUUAUAUGCCCCAUACUUUCUUUAUUGGUGAUCAUGCUAAUAUGUUCCCUCACCUGAAGAAGAAGGCAGUCAUCGAUUUUAAGUCCAAUGGGCACAUUUAUGACAAUCGGAUUGUGCUGAAUGGCAUCGACCUCAAAGCAUUUCUUGAUAGUCUCCCAGAUGUGCAGAUUGUCAAGAUGAAAUGUCCUGAUGGAGGAGACAACGCAGACAGCAGUAAUACGGCUCUUAAUAUGCCUGUCAUUCCUAUGAAUACUAUUGCAGAGGCAGUUAUUGAAAUGAUUAACAGAGGACAAAUUCAGGUAACAAUUAAUGGAUUCAGUCUUAGCAAUGGACUGGCAACUACCCAGAUCAACAUUAAGGCUGCCACUGGAGAGGAGGUUCCCCGUACCAUUAUUGUAACCACACGUUCUCAGUACGGGUUACCGGAAGAUGCCAUUGUGUACUGUAACUUCAAUCAGUUAUAUAAAAUUGACCCAUCUACUUUGCAGAUGUGCGCAAAUAUUCUGAAGCGUGUUCCCAAUAGUGUACUGUGGCUGUUGCGUUUUCCAGCAGUAGGAGAACCUAAUAUUCAACAGUAUGCACAAAAUAUGGGCCUUCCCCAGAAGCGUAUCAUUUUUUCACCUGUUGCUCCUAAAGAGGAACAUGUUCGGAGAGGCCAGCUGGCUGAUGUCUGCUUGGACACUCCACUCUGUAAUGGACACACCACAGGGAUGGAUGUCCUUUGGUCAGGGACACCCGUGGUGACUAUGCCAGGAGAGACUCUUGCUUCCCGAGUUGCAGCUUCCCAGCUCACUUGUUUAGGCUGUCUUGAGCUUAUUGCUCAAAAUAGACAAGAAUAUGAAGACAUAGCUGUGAAACUGGGAACUGAUCUAGAAUACCUGAAGAAAAUUCGUGGCAAAGUCUGGAAGCAGAGAACAUCUAGCCCUCUGUUCAACACCAAACAAUACACAAUGGACCUAGAGCGGCUCUAUCUACAGAUGUGGGAGCAUUACGCAGCUGGCAACAAACCUGAUCACAUGAUUAAGCCUGUUGAAGUCACUGAGUCGGCCUAAAUAAUGACUGUGUGCACAGGAGAAUUACCCUGUACCUGAGCCUCAACCUUCUGGGGGAAAGGGAACUACUUUUUCCUUAUCUGUACAAUACCAUGCUGCAGAUGGGUGACAGUCAAUGAUAAGAAAUAGCACAGCCAGACUUGCUUCCUGCAUGAUCAUGAUCACGAUAGGGAGAGACACAAGAGAUGGGAAACUGCUGUUCCACAAGGAGUCUCCAUAGAAUUUUGCAGCAGCCAGGUGUCUGGAAGGUCUGGAAGUGAGUCCUGUUCUUCCUUUUUCUUUCAGCAGAAAUGAAAUCCCAGGUAAGUAUAAGUAUUCAAAUAUUUGAUCAGUAAGUCACAGUUAUCUCCAGUACAUUAAAUAACUUUCAUCAAAAAACAUGUUAUAGGUAAAAAGCUCUGAAGGACCAGCUAUGUAUAUGAUAAUUAUGUUUCAGACCUUCUAGGGUAUUAUAUAUAAUAACUUGUCUUCUGGACGUGGUCUUGAAGUCUUUAUGGAUUCAGUCUCAGUAGUAGCGAACUGCACUGCUACUUGGUUUGGAGUACAAAUUAGACUUUAGCCCUCCUGGAGGUUGACUUUUUGGUAUUGAAAACCAUAGGAAUGAAAUUAUUGUAUUUCAACAAAGGAUCGAGGGCUUGAGGCUUAGACAAGGCAACAUACGUGUGGGAAGCAGUCAGCCUUGAGGGCAGGUAAGGACAUGCCAGGCAUGCGGCCGCUGCUCGAAGGGACUGUCCCUACUUGUUCCCCUCCUUGUUCCAUUCCAUGGGAGAUAAAUCACCAGGGCCCAGAGGUCAGAAAGAAUGUAAAAUGAGACAAGCAAAGCUGUCUCCCCCCUGCACAUGCAGGUUAUUUUUGAUGCUUCUGGGUUUAUGGGUUUCCUCCCAGGGAAGUUAACCUUGAGCCGAGACAGUCUGUAGAUAAUGUAAACCACCAUCUGGCAACCUUCCGAUUUCUAGUCUAGAUAAUCUGCAACUGUAGCAUAAUAAAAUUUGCCUUGCAGCCAUCAGUUGUCUUGGUCCUUCUGACCCCAUCCAUCGGUGCUACUUCAGUUCCUUACCCCUUCCCUUCCGACCCUGGGCGGUGAGAUCCUCUUUCUCCGGCUGGUCCGCGGCAAGUGGCACUCGAACAGGGACCUGAAGCGUGAAGGCAAUUAAAAGAAAAAGAAAGUGCAGGCAACAGCCUGUUCCUCAUGUACCUUUGGUUUUUACGGAUGGUUCUUCUUCAGGAGUGGCUACUGUAAUCAUUGACGACGGAACAAACCUCAUUAAAGAAACUUCCUUGACUUCAGCUCAACGUGUUGAACUGUAUGCUGUCAUUAUGUCUUUUAAACAUUUGCCUUCUAUAUCUUUUAAUUUGUUUUCUGAUAGUAAAUAUCUUAUUAGCUUGUGAUUUCUUCUAGAGACUGCGAGCAUAGGACAUACUAAUGACCCUGAAUUAUCAUCCUCUUUUCGUUUGCUUCAACAGCUUAUUCGUUCCCAUGAUGGUCCUGUUGCAGGUCUGUAUAUCCGUGCUCAUUCUAACUUGCCUGGUCCAUUGACUAAACUUAAUGCGACUGCACAUGUUUUAACUCGAUCUAAACGUGAUCUUUAUCCUGUACAUUUUCCUCCCAAGAAUAGAGUUGAAGUUACUCCUCCUCCUCAAUCUCUUUUCCCUAAAGCAGGACAUGUCCCAAUUUACCGUACUCCUCCUUUCCGUUCGUCAUGCUGUCAAGAAUGGCUAAUAUACUGCAUUCAUUAUCUUCAUACUCUUGAUACUCAUGGUCCAUGUCCUGGACACCCUCAUAUUAUGGUAAGUUAUGAUCAAACUGCUUCACAAGCAGCACAGCAGUUGCACGCUUUACACCGUCAGUCAGCGGCUACAUUACACACACAAUUUUCCCUUACUGGUGAAGCCGCCCCACAAAUUGUUAAGCAAUGCGCACAAUGCUUACCUCACCUUCCUGUUCCACAUUAUGUUGUUAAUCCUCGUGGAUUAUUACCUAGACAUUUAUGGCAAAUGGAUGUUACUCAUAUCCCGUCUUUUGGGAAAUUACAGUUUGUUCAUGUCACUAUCGAUACUUAUUCUGGUUUCCUCUGUGCUACAGCACAGACCGGAGAAGCUACUAAACAUGUUAUCACUCAUUUAUUACACUGUUUUGCUUUCAUGAACCUUCCCAAAAUUAUUAAAACAGAUAAUGG